GAAAAAGCAAACAAACAAACACUCCCUACAAAUCUAAACAACACCCAACAGCCCGUUGGGCUAACCAGAGCAACAUCAGCCGAGUGGGUAGACCUACUGCAUUGGAAUCCACCAAAGACCUGGAACCGUUCCACAAGACCUAGAAGCGAGCGCGAAAAUAUCAAUUGAUUUACACUAGCUCGUUAAAAAGCAUUGGAUAUUGGAUCCUUAGUUUUUGUAUAAAAGUUGUUUGUACGUGAAUGUGUGCCAAUCUGAAUAACAGGGUUUGACCAUUCGUUGAGUCAAGCAUCGUAAGACGUGAGCUCUUCAUACAGCCUAAUCACAACCUGCAAUAAGUGCAAAUAUCGCAAGUGAAGCAUGUCCAAAGUUAAGGUUGGCAUAAUUGGAGGUUCAGGGUUUAAUGACCCAAAUCUAUUCAAGCAAGUCAAGGUGCGCACUGUAACCACUCCAUUUGGAAAUCCGUCGGAUGUUCUUACUGAAGGAUAUGUUGGAGAUGUCCCAUGUGUUGUGCUUCCCAGGCAUGGAAGGCAACAUUUAAUCUUACCCAGUGAAGUUAACUAUCGAGCCAACAUCUGGGCGUUAAAAGAGGCCGGAUGUACCCAUAUUUUAGCUACUAAUGCAUGUGGCAGUUUGCAGGAGAACAUACAUCCUGGAGAUUUUGUUGUCCUAAAUCAGUUUUACGAUAGGACUGUGGGUCGAGAACUUACCUUUUACGGUAGUAGACCUGGUGCAAUGAAAGGCGUGUUACACAUGCCUAUGGGGGACCCAUUUUGUGAAGAAACGCGUCAGGUUUUAAUUAGUGCAGCCAAAAAUCUAUCCAUGAAUAUUUGUGACCGAAAAAGUGGUGUUAAAACUGAUUGCAGUCAUCCAUGUGUUCAUACUGAAGGCUCUGCUGUAACUAUCAAUGGUCCACGUUUUUCCACUCGUUUCGAAUCGUCAUUGUAUCGCAGUUGGGGUCUGGACAUAGUCAACAUGACUCUGGUGCCUGAGGUUUCUUUGGCGCGGGAAGCCGGUUUGAGCUAUGGUUCUCUAGCAAUCGUUACAGAUUAUGAUUGCUGGAAGACGGAUCAGCCUCAUGUCUCAGUUGAGAUUGUAUUGGAGGAGUUUGGUAAAAGUGUGGAUAAAGUCAAGAAGAUUUUACUCGAAGCUGUUAAGCUGAUUGGGGCUCGUGAUUGGACGAAAACCGUUGAAGCUAAUCAAUUGCUGGUGCAGAGUUCUCGUCAAGAUUUAGCUCAUGAGGCUAACAAAAAGAAAUAAAUGAGAUCAUUAAGAGUUGUCUUCUGAAUCAUUGGUGAUAUCGUUAACUACAGUCUCAAUCACCGUGACCACGACAAUCUCUCUGAAUCAGGAAUAAAAUUUUAAUGAUUUUUCCAAAAGUAAUUCAUUUUAGUCAGGACAAAUUAACUAAUUCCACUUUUUUAAUGAGAAUACUUUUGUCAUAAAUUCUUAUUUUCCUUUACUGAAUUUCUUCGAAUAGGAAUAAUAUAUUUUUUUAAUAAAAGGCGCUUG